UCUCACACGCUGCGCUGUUAAUAAAAUCAAGCUAUAUAGUAAGAAUUAGAAAUAUCGCAUGCAAUACUGAAACUUGAAAGUGUGAACGUUUGUAGCAAGUGAAGUUUUAUUUAUUUGACUUGUUUAUCAGCUAGCAAUUCAAGCGCAUGUGUGUAAUGAAGAUUGCCGAUUUAAUCCAUGAGAUGUGAAAGUUUUAUGAAAUCUUAAACGGUUUUUAGAUAUGUUUACGGGGCGUGGGCUAACAAGCCUGUUCCAUUUAACUUCUUGUUGAAUUGUGAAACACACAGUAGGAUAUUUGGAGCCGUGUCGUUAGCUGAUAUUACCCCGGUUACCAAGCAACUAGUGAUAUUUGGUUUUGAGUGUGUGUGUGAGAUAAGCCUUAUUUAAGACACGGGAUUGGAUGCCACUACGAGUUUCGAAGCAGAAGACUCGCAGAAAUUAUGCUGCGCGUUCAUGUUUCGGCCUAAGCGGAACACUUUAGUGAAACGGCUGUGGAAACAACGGAUAUUAAACUACUUCGCCGAAGAUGAAGCCUCAUGUUCGCUGGAAAACCAAGAAGAUCUGGAGAUGAAAUCUGCAAUCCAUUCAAUGUUAAAAAGAUUAAAGGAGCCUCAGCUCGAGAGGCUCGUACAAGCUGUCGAGACUCAUGGAGCAGAUAUAUCAGGGUGCGUACUGGUUCCACGCGGAGACCUGCGUUUUGGAAGACAAACCUCGGCGCCACACGUGCUUUGCUGCCGAUUGUGGAGGUGGCCUGAUAUUCAACAACCUUUCGAAUUGAAGAGGCUUAACUGGUGUCAAACUGUCAACGAUCCCUUGUACAUUUGUUGUAACCCCUUUCACUGGAGUAAACUUUAUAAACCAGAGUCACCUCCUCCGCCCUACAGUCGCUAUCCUCAGGAGCCCCUCAAAUCAAAUGAUCUUGCGACAAGUGAACCUGUUUCCACUGAAACUGGAGGCACCAAUCAGUACGGGUCUAACUUCAGCCAUCCACCAGGUAAUUUUGGAAACAGUAGUGGAACACUUUCCUCACAGCAGCCAUGGUGCACUCUGGCUUACUGGGAACUCAGGUCUCGGGUUGGUCGCCUUUUUCCCGUCCAUAAAAAUGCCAUCAACGUUUUUUAUGACCUACCUCAUGGUGAUGGCUUAUGCAUAAGUGCCCUCACUAACACUGAAAAAAUAAGGAACAACAGUAUUCUUCAAACCAGGCAGAAGAUUGGUCUAGGAGUCACACUUUCCAAAGAAGAAGAGGGUGUCUGGGUAUACAACCGGUUACAAUUUCCUUUAUUUGUCAAUUCUCCUACCCUAGACUUGCCAAACACCAGGCCUCUGACUGUUCACAAAGUUUUACCAGGUUACUCCAUAAAAAUAUUUGAUUAUGAAAAGUCUAAAUGCUAUCAGUGUUUGGAGGAAAUAAAACUUUCAGAUGGGCCUUUCAACCAUCAUGCCGUCCGCAUUAGUUUUGCCAAAGGAUGGGGUCCUAAAUAUGAGCGUCAGUGUAUCACAUCUUGCCCCUCUUGGCUAGAAGUAAUGUUCUCAGUGAACAGGUGACAACAAGUCACACAUAGAUUGUGCUAGUCAACUUGUGUAGUGCCAUCAGGACUGACAAUUUGAGAAACCUCAACAUUAAGGUGCAAAAUUCACACUUAGUGCUGAGGAAACAUGCAGGGGUUAGACUGUCCACUUUUGGACAAAAGUCCUAAGUAUUUAUUAUAAAGGGACAUAACAUAUAGAAUUUCAGAGAUUUUUUAUACCAAUGUAUAGAAAAAUAUAUAUCUAUUACCUUAUUAAGUUAACCUUUUGGUAAUUUUUUAACUGCUUUUAUUAGAUUAGGCAAAUCAAGAAAGAAUCCAAGUACAAAUUCCUGAAAAUGAUGUAUAAGAUUUAAGGUGUAUUUGUUACUCUUCACAAUGGUCCCAUUUGUUUAUCCAUGAGAUUAUUGCUUUCUCUGGCUUGUAAAAUAUAUAUAGUAUGUAAGAAGGCUUUAUAUGUUCUCUACAGGAAUCACUAAUAAUCUACAGUCCAUUAAGAUUGGCUUCUGGAGUUUUUUUAUGACAUUUUAGCAUCAGUAUGUGGAGAAAGGAAAUAAAUAUUUCUCAUAAUUUUUUGUAUGUAGUAGAUAACAGGAUAUUAAAGGAUAAAACAAAUUACAUAGGUACUGACAGUUGCUUCAUACUUAAUGGUCUUUUGAUUACUAGCAAUCCUUUGAACACUACCUUCCAUUUUGUGGUCAUUGUGCUCUUUAGUUCUUUGGGUUUCGAUACCAGCAGAACUUUGAAAAAUUAUGAUCUCUGAAACUAGUUACUUCCAUUUACUGCCAAGCCUCCUUAGAUCGCCUAUUAGUGGUGUUUUGUCCAUCAGUUAAUGUAAUAGGCAAAAUAUUUUCUUUUCUGUCAUUCCAUAGGUUUUGGAAUAUUUUCAUUCCAACACUACAUAAUUUAGUAGUAUCAUAUUUAAAAGAAGGAAAAAAUCAUCUAAAAAGUUAGGAUCUAGUGCCUGCUACACACAGACCUGCAGGUCGGCAUGUAAACUUGUAGCUGGACUUGCCAAGAAUUGAUAAAAAUCAAGGUGUUGUAGUGCCUUCCAACUUAUGUACUUAAUGAAUUCCAGUAAUGACUAUCCCUGAUCAUGACAUUAAUAUUAAUCGAUCAAAACCUUGAAGACACUUUCACUGAUGUUUGUUGCAUAUUCUGAUCCUAUAAAUCUUAAAAGAAUUAAGAAUACUUGGUUAGAAAACAUAAGGGAUUCGAAUUUAUGAUUUACUCUUAAUGAACUCAUUGUUUGGCUCUUGGAUGCUUUUAUCCAUAACUGGAAAAUUGGUGAUAUCACAAGGUUGCCCCAAGCAGUCACCAAUUCUGUGUUGUUACUUGAAAAUAUACUAGCUGCUUAAAUUAUACAUAUAGUUAUAACUAUUUGUUUUCAAGAUUAUGUUAAACUUAUGCUUUUUUCUUUCAGGUUAUGGUUUAAUAUAUGUAUUUCAGAGAUAGCCAAAUUAAAACUUGAAGAUGUUAGUGAAAGUAUACCCUUAACUUAGUCCAUCCAACAUUGUGUGACAAAAAAAAUAAGAUUAUUCAGUAUUUGUUUACAUAUUUUAUAUGACAAAAAUGACAGAUUAUACAAAAGUUUAUGCACUAUUCAAGCAAACAUAUUUAUUUUUAAUGACAAUUUUUAUACAAAUAAUGAAGAUAACGUAAAUACAGAAUAUUUGAUUUUGCAACAGAAACAGUCAUAAUAACUUUCAUGCAGCCAAAAUAGCUGUCAAUUAGGCUAAAUUCAAUAUCAGUGCACUUUUUUUUUAUGCAAAUGUAUCUACACCUUUAUACACUCAACAAAUUGAAAUAAAACUAAAGGAGUUUAGAAUUAGGCCCAAUAGAUACACAUUUUGACUUUGAAGUACAAAACUUUUGUCAACUAGACCAAUUUUCCUGUAAUUUACAGUUUAAUCAAGAAUACAUCAUAUGGGUCAACUCUUCAGCUUCUAGAAUAACAGAGUAUGCUCUCCAGUUUUAAUACUGGAAAGUCAAAGCCUUUAAGGUGUUCUUAGUCAUGUAGCUGUCUUGCAGACAGAAUCAGCAUAUAGACAUUGUUGUUUUGCUCCACAUGAGCAGUGUUUGUUACACUGUACUUGUAAAGUUUUGUAAACAUUUAUAACACUUUUCCUUCUAGGAUCUCAUACCAGAACAUUUCAAGAUUAACAGACCCAGGGUGUCUGCUGUUGUGACUUACUGUAGACUAAUUGUUUGGUGGUACAAGUGAAAUUAUGUGCCUGAUACUUUUUGAAAUGCUAAUACUUCCUGAAAAUGAUUUUUGUCAUUUGGCAGUGUAGUAACAAUCAUGCAGGAUUGGAAAAUUUUGAUACUUAAAAAAAAGUAUCGCACCAUUCACGUAUUUUGAAAGAUUUUCAAUACUGAAAGCAGUUCUUUCUUAUUUGCAAAAGAAAAACUAUAUACCUCUUUAAAAUAUACAUUUGUUCCAUAUUUCAGUACUUUGUUAGUAGCAGAAUCAAACUGUAAAUCCUCCAUGUAAUCAUGGAUCUUCUUUGUGAGGUAACUUACUGUUCUUUCUUGGGGACUAUUCUUUCGCACUUGGCAGUGAGAACUCUGUACUUUCAAAUAUUCAUACUCUAGCACUUCACGAAAAUGUUCUGAAAUGAUAUUAGUGGACUUGUUUACAGUUUGAUUUUCACACAUGGUAAAACCUUUGCUGUAAACUUGAAGUGAUUAUUGUGAUAGAUAUAGAUGUAACAAUAAUUCAAUUUAAUUGCAUCUGUAUUGGUAGCUAUUACCAUAUUCUCAGUGAAAGAUUGUUUUCAGAAAAAAAAUUUAAACCAAUAGGAUCAAAAUAUUAUUGAUGUUUUGGGAGCAAAUUAGAGUCACCAUACAGGUAAUGAUUAUAACUCAUCACAGUUUUCAAAAUUAUGUGAAAGACAACAACUUAUGUGGAGAAUUAUGAAAUGUGCAUUUUCCUGUAAAGUAAUCCUAUAAUCCUGGAGGGAUUGAAUAGAUAUGACUCUAGGUUUUUCAAAAAACAUAUCAGAAAAUCUUUAGAAUAAUAACAAUAACUUUCUGUAUCAUAAAUAUAUAUUAUGUCAUUUCUCAUACUUUUGUGGAAUGAGUUAUUGAUUUUUUUUUAUUAUGCCUCAUCUAAAUCUGAUGUGAAUUUCAGACAAAAUAAAUCUCUAAUUUCUUCUACUCUGUUCCUAGUAGUUUAUCAAAUUUUGUUUCAGAAUUAUGUUUUCUUUUGGUUAAAUUUAGUAUGCUGUAUACGUACAAUAACAUUGUUAUGAAGCUUUUGUGUUGUAUACUCUUUUUAAAUUAAAAUGCUAUAUUAAAGAUGUGAAUGUGAAAAUGCUCCCAAACUGGUAGUUAUAAGAUUGCUUUGCAUCUGUAAAUUUAUAUUUAGCAUUUUUAUUACAAUCUAAACAAAGACUGUGUAAAUUGUCAUUUUGUGAUUGAUUUCCAUAAGUUUAAUCUGAAUAUAAAGAAAAGUUGUGUAAGCUCACUAGAGUACUAUAUUCAAUAUUAUCAAUUUAAUAUUUGACUAAACUAAACCUUGUGUUUAUUUGUUAUUCAAAUUGUAUCUUUAAAGUAAUUGUGAAAAUAAGCAUUCCAUAAAUUAAAAUUUAUUUUUAGGCAUACCUAGAAUCCAUAAACUAUUUAUUUAAAAAAUGGCAUAUAUUGAACAUUAAUAUUCUCUACAUGUGGUAAUCUCUAGUAAUUAAUAUUCUGUGCCAAGGUUUUAUUGCUUUAUAUGGUGCAAGAUUUUGGCUUUAUCACUUAGUGAAUGUUCAGUCAAACAAGAAAUAGGCUUUUCAGAGAAGAGGAUACAGCUAAUGGGACACUGCAUGCAUGUUACUAGCAAAAAUAGGCUUUUAAUAUUUUUGUGUUAAACUGAUAGCAUUAACUAUAUUAAGAAAAAUAUACUUAAAAAAAUGGCAGAAUAUUUAUUUAUAGUACCAGAUCAGUCAUACUGAACAUUCAACUCUUGUAUGUUAAAGAAAUUUUACAUAUAAACUUGUUCAGUAAUAACUGAAAACUCCAAGCCAGGUAAGCCUAUAUCCUAAUUACAGCCUAACACAAACACACACACAAAUGUGAUUUAAAAAAUAUUCUAUAGUACAUUUCCCAGUAACCUUGUCUAAAAAUUAAGUAGUCACAUAAUUAUAUAAUAUUCAACUGGUAAUCAUGAAUUUUAAAAUUUGUUCAUGAAAUCUCCCAAUCUACCACCAGUUGCUGGAACUAAUAAAAAGUAGAAUUUUUAUAUUAUUUUAAAAACAACCAAUAGAACUGAAGGCUUUAAGCAACUGUGGUUACUGCUAAAAAGGAUAUUUUGACAUAAUGUCAUCUUGUACAUUUGUUUAUAAAACUGUAUUGUAGUAUAGUGAAAAGAAUGUUAGAAAAAGCUAUGAUUAAUAUAAAUCAAGUGUAUAAAUGUAAAGAUAAUGCAAAUUAUGUUGAUGUGGAAUGUAGAAACAUGAGAAUUGUAGUAUCCCAAGAUGCACUUGACCAACAGAUAAUUAAGUACCACAAUAAUUAGUUAUCUGUAUAUUGUAAACAAUUUGAUUAAGUCAAGUUCAAUUAAACUGAAAGAACACUGAUGAAGGUUCUUUGAUUUUGAAAUAAAUACUUUAUUAACAA